CUGGAACCACGUGGAUGAAAUAUUUAUUAACCACAACAUCAACAGAAACGUUUUUACUAGCUUUGUCAGGUAUAGACGUGGGCACAAACAAGACCUACUUGAAAUCAGCACCUACAAAAUAAAACCAAAAAACAUCUUACUCUUAAUGUAUGGCGGUCUUUAAGACAACAAAAAUUUCUUCUACCACUUUUAAUCAUCAAGAAGAGACUUGAAAUGUUACAGAUUAAGGUAUCAAGCUCAGACUCUUAAAAUGUCAUAUUGUCAGUGCAAGAUUUGAACUAGAUUGUAAUAUUUAACAUUAAGAAUUUAGUUAUGGUAUACAGAGUAUAACGGUUUGUGGAUCUGUCAUUGUGUUAUCAUUAAGCAUUUAAGCUUUGUAAAGAUAGUCAUUGUUUUGGUUUUGUUAAAAUGAUGUUAGGCAGAAAAUACUAAUUUCAAAUUAGCAUUUAGUAUAAUUAUGAAACUUCACAAAAUCGUGUGGAAAAUUAUUAAAGACGAGUUUUAAAUAUGGUUGACCGGAUAGUUAAUUUUCUUACAUCAGAUCCAAGAUUAGUAUUCCGAAGAUUGUUGCGGUUACUGGUAUCAAUUUCCUGGAAGAUUUAAAAUAUCAUCAUGUCACGUACUGCAUUACUAGUAACCCUCGUUGUUUAAAGCGGAAAUGUCGCAACUCGUUUGCUCGCUUCAUUUUGUUUUUUUUGGAUCCUUCAAAAGAUCCGCAACACUUCCGUUGGAGUUGAUGCCUUAGAGAGUGCGUCGAGUGAUUUAACAUGUAAUAAAUAUUCUUACGUACUUUUUUAUUUCUCAUUACACAUCAAACGUUAAUCAAGCGAACCAGAUUAAGCAUUAUUAGCGUUUUUCCAGCAUCUUUUCUUUCAAAUUAAAACCGUUAAACACAAAUUAUUGACAAAGGAAAAAGCGUUAAAUCUAAUCGUGACUAAUAAGUUCCUUUGUGGCCUUGUGGGGCUCGACCUCGUAACCCAUCUUUUACGUGUAAUCUGUUUCUUGCUUCCACCCCAACUUAACUGCCACAUAAUACACUUUUCUCAUUCAAACUUACCAAACACAAGGCAAAUUCGUUUAUCUUUUACAUUUUUUUCUGUUUCAUGCUUUUAACAAUCACAAUCUCAACAUUCCAAAUAUAUAUAAAACACAAUCUCAACAUUCCAAACAUGGCGUCACCAGUGGCAUUCUGGUAGUUUUCGCCAUGACAAGGGGCAGUUUAUAGUAAAAAACACUUUUAUCGACGAUUCUUAAGAGCAUCCACAUCAAUGAACCCAUUCUUGGGGUUCAUCUUUUCAGUUUUUUAUUAUUAAAAUUUUUUUCUUUUUCUUUUUGGUUUAAAAAAAAAAAAAAACAAAAAACUAAACCAAUCGCGGACCGCCACGAUACGUGGAGCCUGCGCUACAGUGAUGAAUUUUAGGAAAGAGGGAUUCAGCCAACAAAACUUUAGGAGAGAGUGAUUCAUGGAAUUGAAUUAUUUUAUUAUUUUUUUCUUGAUUUCUGCAAAAUAUUACCCAACAGACACCUCUCUGUCUGUCUCUUUUAUGUCUUCUCCAAAAUGAAAAAGUCUAUUCUCCGUCAACAUUUCACUUUCCCUCUUUCCCAAAUCCUUUAAUCUCUCUCUCUCUCUACACUCAAAGAAAACACAGAGACUCUUCACGCGCCAAAAAUAAAAUAACUCAUCACUUUCCUCUCUCCCUUACCAUGGCGUCAGACUCUGUCAAGCAUAUGCCUAUCCACGGCGGAACAACCAUCUCCGCCGCAUCCUUCGAAUUAAAAAGCUUUCUCUCCGCCGCGAAACCAAGAAAAGCCUCGACUUUUGUAUACGCCUUCGUCAUAACCUUCGUUGCCUUCACUGUUCUCUUAGUCUUCACACCUUCUCCCAUCACCGUCUCUCAUUCCAUUCCUUCAUACAUCCUCCCUAAUGUCACUGCCUCCUUGACUUCACCGUCCAGUUUCACCGGAAACACCACAUUGCCGGAAAAUCUCACUCCGGCGCCGGAAAGUCUCGCUCCGGCUACUAAAAACGCAACCUUUGAGUCUCCCGCCGCUAAUGGAACAAAUUCACUUGCUUCUGACUCCCGGAGCGACCAUGCAUGGGAGAACAUGUUGUGUCCCGACAACAAGACCAAUGCUUCUGCUCCAAGUUCCGACAAACAUGGAUCCUCUGCUUUUAAGAAGAGGAAACAGAGGAGGAAGUCGUGGAUGAGACGAGAGAUAAAGUCUUUAAAGAACUGCGAGUUUUACGAGGGAGAGUGGGUGAAAGACGAUUCGUAUCCUCUCUACAAACCCGGUUCGUGUAAUCUAAUCGAUGAACAGUUCACUUGUGUCUCCAACGGGAGACCUGACGUUGAGUUUCAGAAACUCAAGUGGAAGCCAAAGCAAUGCACUUUACCACGGUUGAAUGGAGGCAAAUUGCUGGAGAUGAUUAGAGGAAGAAGAAUCGUGUUUGUUGGAGAUUCGUUGAACAGGAACAUGUGGGAGUCUUUGGUUUGUAUUCUUAAAGGAUCAGUGAAAGAUGAGAGUCAAGUCUUUGAAGCUCAUGGACGGCAUCAGUUCCGUUGGGAGGCUGAGUACUCUUUCGUCUUUAAAGAUUAUAAUUGCACUGUGGAGUUCUUUGCAUCACCUUUCUUGGUUCAAGAAUGGGAACUUACGGACAAGAACGGGACUAAGAAGGAGACCUUGAGGUUAGAUGUGGUCGGGAAGUCGUCUGAGCAGUACAAGGGAGCUGAUAUUCUUGUGUUCAAUACAGGACAUUGGUGGACUCAUGACAAAACUUCCAAAGGGGAGGAUUACUAUCAAGAAGGAAACAAUGUUUACCCGAAACUCGACGUGGAUGAAGCUUUUGGUAAAGCUUUAACGACUUGGGGUCAAUGGGUUGAUAAGAAUGUGAAUCCAAAGAAGUCUUUUGUCUUCUUCCGUGGAUACUCACCUUCACAUUUCAGUGGAGGGCAAUGGAAUGCAGGAGGGGCUUGCGAUGAUGAAACAGAACCGAUCAAGAACGAGACUUACCUAACGCCUUACCCUUCUAAAAUGUUAAUACUUGAAACAGUUCUAAAGGGAAUGAAAACGCCGGUCACGUAUCUCAACAUCACGAGGCUAACAGAUUACAGGAAGGACGCUCACCCAUCUGUUUAUAGGAAACAUAAACUAUCUGCAAAAGAAAGGAAAUCACCAUUGUUGUACCAAGACUGUAGUCACUGGUGCCUCCCAGGUGUGCCUGAUUCUUGGAACGAGAUUCUCUAUGCUGAGAUGCUCGUAAAGCUCCACCAGCUUCGUGGCAAUAGAAGGCGGAAACCUAAAAGUUUAUAGGAGUUAGAAUCUUUUUCUUAAGAUGAUGAAUACAGAUCUUUUAGGAAACACUUAGAAUCAAUUUUCACUUUUCAGAUUUGUGCCACUGAAGGUGUAGAGAAAGUAAGAGAUGGGAAUCACAUUAGUUUCUCAUGAUGUACGUACGUAAGAGAUGAGUUAAUCACCUUAUGUUGCUGCAUUUGUAGUCAACUACAACUAGUGACUCAUUUUUUUGUGAAAAUAAAAGAUUGAGCCAACAUUUGUCUAAAUUCCAGUGCAUACCCCUUUACUUAUAAUAAUGAUCAAUCGAUUGGUCAAACGAAUACACUUAGAAUUAAGAGCCCUGCAACGACUUUGGAUUUAAAUUGACACAGAUCUUUUGCUUCAAAGUAAUAGUAUGAGCUAAGAACAUAAAGAAUGCACCAGUCCUUUAAUUACAGUAUUAUGAUGAAACUCACUAGAGCCAUCUAGAUACAAUCUGAAUGAUAAUGUCACAUGUGGAAAGAAAGCAUGAACAUACUCAGUCGUCCUUCAUGAGACUCCUCCGGUCCUCUUGGUGUGCAACCAAAACCACCACCAUCCACGUCUUUUGUAUCUCACAAUGUUAUCAGCAGCCUUAUCCAAGUCCUCCUCCUUCGCGUCAGUUCCCUCUCUCUUUCUUUCUUUCUUUCUUUCUUUCUUGAGAUUGCAAAUUUGAAAUUAAACUCUUAUAGAUUGUUUAUUUUGAUGUUGUUAUGUCGGUCUCUGUGUAAAUGUUUAGUUAUUUUUUUCGAUUUUUUCUCAGAACAGUGUCUCGACUUAAGUAUUUUCUUGUUAGAGACUUAGAGCUGCUACUCUUUGACUCUCGUAAGAUUUAGUUUCCUUAGUUAUUGCUUUAAGCAAGCGAGAGACUACUCUCUUGACUGUUUUGGCCUUCUGAUUUGUUGAAUCCAUGGCAAUAUUUGUGGUUUUUGUCUCCUGCUCUCUCUCUCUGUGGAUGGGCUUUGUUUGAUGUUACUAUUAUUAGCUCCACCUUCGAGAUUAUUAUCUCUUCCAUAUGGUUCAGUACUGUUUAGUUUGACUUGCUUUGUCCGUUGAUAUUCUUAGCUAGCUAGGUUGGAGGACUAAACGGUUUAUAACCCCACAUCUUUAACUGUUUUCUCUACAAACUGUUAUAUAGGCCUGGACAUAAUAUCCGUAACCUGAAAUCCGAACCGAACCCGAACCAAAAAACCCGAUCUGUAUCCGGUCCGAAAUGUAAAAAAUAUCCGAAUGAGUUUUGUAAGGUGGCACAAAACAUAUCCGAACCCGAAGUGUUAUUAACCGAACCCGAACGGAUAAUUCGAAAAACUGAAAAAGCCAAAAAUUCUGAAAAAUAUCCAAAAAAACCGAUCCGAAUAUCCAAAAUAAUAUACAAUAUAAUUAUAUGAAACAUGAAUAUAUACUUCAAAUAUUCAAUUUCAUAUUUAUUUUGAUAUUUUAUCUAACAAUAAGUAUUUAAAAUUUAAAUAACUACCUUAAAUACUUGAUUAUAUAUAAAUAAAUAUAUAUUUUUUAUGUUUUACUUUUAAAUUUUAGAUUUUAUUUCGGAUAUAUCCGAACCGAUCCGAUAUAACCCGAAUCCGAAUGAUAUAUGAUUACUUUAUGGGUUGUGAUAUAAAACCGAUCCGAACCCGAUGUGUUAUAUCAGAACCCGACCCGUACUUGCAAACUUACUAGAAUGGGACCUAAGAGGUGUUAUAAGAGAGAACCAAAAUCCGAAAAACCCGAUCCGAACGCCCACGGGUACCCGCACGCUCAGACCUACUGUUAUAUAUCAAUAAUUUACGCUUUCAAAUUUUUGUUUGAUGCACAUGAAUUUGAAAUUUCUUUGCCUUAAGUCUCCAAAACUCUCCAAAACGGUGACUGGAUUUGUUGGAUUUAUCAACAAUCAAUGUGGUGAAAAGACAUAUGCUAGUGCUCUCAUUCAAAUGAUGUUUUACAUUCCAAGGUUUUGAAAAGCUAUCUUAGAAAUUCCAGAGACUAUCCCGUCAAGAGUCUCUUCCUUUGUAUUGAGAGCAGCAAGACUGCUGUUUCAUUAGAGAGCCCAGACAUAACCAGUAAUACCUUGAAAAAGGGUUUAUUUUGCAAUUGUGAAUGACAAGAUGAAAGUAAGUUAUUUUUUGCCUAACCUUAUAGUUCACACUGUAGAUGCUUUGAUGUAAAUUAUUUUGUAAUUACAAGGCUCACAUUGGAAGAUUUGUAAUUCUCGGUUUGAGUGAAAUAUGUGUAUUUUCUGCAACUAAUGACGACUCCAAAACUAACACUUUGUGUCCAACUUGUGCACAAUGUAAUGGUAAUUAGUCGUUGAAAACUAACAUAUGUGAUUUAACAAAAAAUUCAUAUAUUAACAAUUCAAAAUUAAUUUAAAGCUUUCGGAUCCCAAACUAUGCUGUCAAUAAACAUGUCCAAGUCAUCAAUCCAUUUGCGUAAGGUUAAUGAGAUAUCAAGAAAAGUCAAAUUCAUAAAUUUUUAAAAGUCAUAGAGCUCUUCAAAUAUGGUUGUUACUUCUCACAUACUAGAGCAUCGUCCACAAAUUCCUUAGAGAAAUUUAGUGUUAUGAUCGUAAUUUGACUCUCAUUGCAAUCAGGAACAAGCUGAAAUCUACUUAUUUUUUAUUGAUGCUACCUCAUGUACUUCAUUUUGUUUGGCAGGUGAACCAGAUGUACGAGUGUAUCCUUAUGAAAUAGAUCUCAAGAAGUUUCUUCUAACCACUGAUGGUUAUGGGACAAAUCAAUUCACUUACAAAUUGAAAAGGUAAACUGUGUGUUUUGUUUGAUGUGGUUGAGAAAUAGUAGACACACACCAGAUUCAUUCUCAAGACACAACUUCAUCUUCAGAAACAGCUUCUCUAGAAAGUCUAAUAUGGUCAUCUAGAGUAUUCACCAUUAGUUCUCAGAUGAUCGAUCCAUCAUCACAAACUCAAUCAAAACUCUCUUCUUUGUUUCUGGCAUGUUGAUAUAAACCAAAACAAGAGACUGAAAAGGAAAAAAUUCAAAUGCCAGCUAUAGUGAACAUAGACAAGAGCAUGAGGAAGUUGAAUGAUAUAGCUCUCUAGCAUAUUUUUUGCCAUCAGAAUGUACCGGACUUGAUUGCCUGCCAUCAUAUCAUCAUCAGCAUUUUAAUUUAGACCCAACUUGCUUCACACCAGACUCUCUUCCACAUGAUUUUUAUAUAUAUCUUCUAACCAAAAAAUAGGACAGAACAAAUUAAAAAAAAAAGUUUCAUCGGGCUGUUCUUGUUAAAUGCAAUGAAAACAACAAAAUCUAACAGUUCCCCAUUGUCACUCUUUAAGGUGACUUGUUUAGCCUUUACUCACCUGAAGGAAAAAAACAACUACUAUAACGGUGAUGAAGCAAGUUGGAUAAACAAAAAAAAAAGAUUGGAAAAGGGCAAAACUUAUAGUGAACAUUGCACCCAAAAAAAAAAAAGUUAUAGUGAACAUAGACAC